CCAUUAUUGAAGGCUUCCUGUAAAAACGAAUCCAUAAUAAGACAGAAUGUUGAGUUUUACAGCGUAAUUAAUAAAACCACAGUUUACUCCAAUACAAACCGUUUCUGAAGGUAAAAUUAUUUCCAAGAGCAACAGAUUCCUCUUUCGUAUUCUAUAGUACAGACCAGAAUUCUUGUCUAAGACCGUUAGUUGUUGCUAAGUUAAUGGACGACGAUUUGGUCACUGCCAACUAACAAAAAAGUCAUUGCAAAUUUGUGCUUGUUUGCUAAACGAUUUACUUUAUUACAAUAAACCAUAAAAAUGAGUUUUCAUAACAUUGCUGCGAAGUUCAUGGAAAUAAUGCAGCAUAAACGGCCUCAUCAACAGUCGGUACAAUUGCAUCCUUUCUAUCGACAAAUUCAACAGUUGUCCAACGAACCGUUGACAUAUGAAGAUGCUCAAUUACAAGAUUACGCUCUCAGCCUUAUUCCUUUAGAAAGGAUCUACGCCGAGGCAGGUGAACAAGAAGCGAAAUCCGAUGAAUGGGGAUAUCAGGAUUACAUUAUUAAAGCGUUACUAAAAUGGUUCAAACAUGAAUUUUUUGAAUGGGUCAACGCUCCUAAAUGUGAACAAUGUCAGAAUGAAACUAGAUUUGUGGGUCCAGCUGCGCCGACGACUGAAGAGUCCCAAGAGGGUUGUGGCAAUGUGGAACUGUACCAAUGUAACAGCUGCGGACACACACAGAGAUUCCCUCGUUAUAACAACGUGAGACCCUUGCUCAAGCAUCAUAGGGGACGCUGCGGAGAAUGGGCAUGCUGCUUCACCUUUCUGUGCAGGGCAAUUGGGUCUCGUGCUCGCUGGGUUUGGAAUGCUGAAGACCACGUAUGGACAGAGGUGUACAGCUACAAGCAAAAACGUUGGGUUCACGUUGACAGCUGUGAAGAGGCCUUUGAUCAACCUCUUAUUUACGAACAAGGCUGGGGCAAGAAAAUGUCCUACUGUUUCGGUUUUGGAGCUGAUAGUGCUUGCGACGUGAGUCGACGUUACAUUCGUCAUCCGGAAAAUGGAAAUCCUCGCAACAAAGCACCCGAAGUAGUGGUGAAGCAAGCAUUCGUGGAUUUGAACAAUCGACUCCGAGCUUCCCUAAGUCCUAAAGAAGUCGAGGCAUUAGAAGAGGAGUCUCGCAAGGAAGAGCAAGAAUUAGCUUCCUACUUCGUGACAUCAACUACAACUACAGACCAUCUUCCAGCAAGACAGAGUGGUGCCCCGGAAUGGAAAGAAGCCAGAGGUGAGAGCGGGACGCAGUAGAUUGAACAGAACGCUUUAAACCAUAGCAAGCGUAUCAUAAAUCGUCUUUCUAAUUUCAAAAAAGCGAUUGCUUAUACCACCCUCAAUAACGAUCCGGCCGUUAUCAAGCUUACGGAUAGCAACAAUACCACCGCAAAGGAGAACACCUUCGCCUUUUAGUUCAACAGAUAUUCCUUGAUCCAUGAGCGUCUUCCUCAGUGCGGCUAGCCGAACGUUACCCACGAAUAUAGGUGCUGCUCUUGGAGCAAGGGCAAAAUCUUGCUGUGUUUUUAAUGAAUCCAAAAUGGGAAGAUUGUCCUUGGGGUCAACGGGUUCUUUGGAUUCUUCGGCUUCUUCGUCCACAUUUUCGGGCAUACGAAUUUUUGCCAUAAGAUGAGCGACUUCGUAAUUUCCAAGCUGCAAGCUGUUAGUAAACAAUCAGUUAAUAUAAUAAUAAAGUAUACCUUUUUCCAAAUGAGACUUUUUACAAGUUCAUCUGAAAGUUUCAUAUUAAACGAGUUA